CAGAUAUCUAUUUUCACGACGAUAACAAUAUUAUCCAACUUUAAUAAUGUAAAUAUAAAGCAAAUAACAAAUACUUAAGUAUUAGGUUAACAAGUGGUGAUUAAAAUGAUCCUUAGUACUACAGGAUUUUUUAUUUUACUGAUUGCUAGUAUAAGUUUAGGUCAGGAAUGCGUUCGAAAAAAAUACGACACUGGCAUAGUGUGUGUGUGUGCAACGCUACCUACUGUGAUGAAUUACCACCUUUAAGCAAGUUAGAUCAACCACAAUAUCAAGUAUUUACGUCGAAUCAAGAUGGUCUUAGGCUUCAUAGAACAACAGGAAAGUUUAAACCGUAUGCGUUUAACAUAUUUAACGCUCUUUAUACCAUUCAUAUAAACAAAUAUGAGAAGCAUCAAACGAUGUUCGGAUUUGGAGGUGCUUUUACAGAUGCUUUUGGUAUCAAUCUGCAAAGUGUUGAACCGACUGUACAGGAAAAGGUGCUAAGCUCUUACUUCUCAAAAUCUGGUAUAGAGUACAAUGUUGGAAGAGUACCCAUUGGUGGGACUGAUUUUUCAACCAAAGGAUACAGUUAUGAUGACUCCGAUACACCAGAUCCUUCACUAAGUAAAUUUAAACUUGCUGAUGAAGACUAUCGUUAUAAACUAUCAUAUAUCCGCCGUGCCAACGAGUUAAACCAAGAGUUAAAACUAUUCGCAUCCGCGUGGAUAGCGCCCAAAUGGAUGAAAACCAAUAACGCCUUCUCAGGGUUUGGUCGUGUGAAGGAUGAGUACUACCAGGUAUGGGCAAAUUACCACAAGAAGUUUUUUGAUGAAUAUAAGAAAGAAAAUAUUACAUUCUGGGGAGUAACAACAGGAAACGAGCCUAGUUUGUCGUUGUUUGGAUCCAAUAUUCCUUCCAAUCGGUUCACUAUUGAGGAGAUGAAAAGAUGGGUAGGGGAUCACUUGGGACCCACUAUUCGUCGGUCGGAGUAUAAAGAUUUAAAAAUAAUGGUACUGGAUGAUCAACGGGUGUUUUUGCCUUGGUUUGUGGACGCGGUUUUUAGCAACGCAACUAUUAAAAAUUAUAUUGAUAUUGUUGCUGUGCACUGGUAUUGGGAUGAUGUGAUCUUGCCUGUUGUAUUGGACAAGGUGCAUACCAGAUAUCCCGAAAAACCAUUAAUGGGCACUGAGGCUUGUGUAGGUGAUCGUCUUUGGGAAAAAAGUGUAGAACUGGGUUCAUGGCAAAGAGGAGAACGGUACGCUUUCAGUGUUAUACAGGAUAUCCAACACCACUUCAUAGGCUGGACCGAUUGGAACAUGGCUUUAGACACCAAAGGAGGACCAACGUAUAUAGAUAAUAACGUGGAUGCUCCGAUAAUCAUUAAUUCAGCCAAAGGAGAAUUUUACAAACAACCGAUGUAUUACUCAUUGGGCCAUUUUUCAAAAUUUGUCCCUAGAGGAUCUGUUAGAAUAGGAAUCACUCAAACACCAUUUAUUUCUUCUACGGCAUUUCUUAGACCCGACCAAGGUGUUGUUGUUGUUUUGCAAAACAGGGGUAUUCUUAGAUACAGCAUCGAAUUAGUAGAUAGCGAAAGAGGAAAAAUCAGUUUGACUUUAGGUCCCCACUCGCUGACUACUGUUGUAUAUUAUUAAAAAUACAUCAACAAGCAAACAAGCUAUUUAUUAAUAUUCAAGUCAAAAAUAAAAAUAUUUUUUUAUA